AUGUCUCUCCUUCUGAAGUCCAUUCUUGCUGCACUCGUUGCCUCCCAGGGCGCUUUUGCCAUUGGAACUCCCUUUGGUUAUGCUGCUGGUACAACUGGUGGUGGAAAUGCCGCUGCAGCCGUUCCUUCGUCUACUGCUCAACUAGUCAGCUGGCUUGGGGAUAAUACGCCUCGAGUCAUUCUCCUCGAUAAGACAUACGAUUUUACUGACCUAGAGGGCAGCGAAACUGGAAAGGUCUGCAAACCUUGGACGUGCUCCCCUGGUGCUCAAGUUGCUAUCGACGUCAAUGGUUGGUGUGGCCGAGAGCAGAAGAACGCAAAGACCGACACUGCCACCUGGAAAAAGGCGGGUCUGACAGCUAUCAAAGUCGGAUCCAAUAAAACCCUUUUGGGUAAAGGAACCGCAGGCUGGAUUAAAGGUAAAGGUCUCCGAAUUGCUGGAAGCAGCAAUAUCAUUAUCCAAAAUGUCCGAUUCUCCGACAUCAAUGCUGCUUUCGUGUGGGGUGGAGAUGCACUCACCAUUGAUGGAGGAAAACAAAUCUGGAUCGACCACAACUACUUCAAGAACGUUGGACGACAAUUCAUUGUAACCGGCUACGGAGCUGCACAAGGCGUGACGAUAUCCGAUAAUGUAUUCGAUGGAAGCGGCACCUAUUCUACUCGCUGCGAUGGACACCACUACUGGACGCUCUACUUCACUGGUUCUCAGGAUACCAUCACCUUUGCUCGUAACUAUCUUUAUCAGACUGCUGGUCGUGGUCCCAGGAUUGGCGGUACUUCCCCAUACUCCCAGGUCGUACAUAUGUACAACAACUACUUUGUCGACAUUACCGAUCAUGCGCUCGAUGCUGACACCGGGUCGCAUGUCCUGCUCGAGGGUAACUACUUCAACCGCGUUCUUCAGCCCUCACUGUCUGGUCGUUCUGGUAUCGUGUUUGGCCCAACGUCGAGCGCUAUGAAUGCCCAGUGCAAGGCUACGCUGGGGCGAGACUGCGCAUCCAACACACUUCUUGGAUCUGGACAACUCGCGGGUGCGGCCAACGGCAAUGCUAUUGGCUACUUCAACAACAAUGCAGUCAAAGGUGCCAGUGUUAUGGAUCCUUCAAAGGUUGGAGCGUAUGUCCAGAACAACGCAGGAACUGGAAAGAUAAACUAG